AUGUGUCGGUCUUUCGCACGGCUGCUGCGUGCACCGCCAAUCCAGCAUGCCGGCCCCCCGAGGUCUAGCCCGGGGGCCCGUCGCCACCCCUCGUCACUGAGGCUACCCGAUCGAUCGAUUGCCGUGGCGAGCGCCAGAUCGCCUGCCCUGGUUCUGGGCCAAGUUUUUCAUGUCGCGCGACUGGCUCCGCGCUUUCCUCUUCUCCACCCAAGUGCUCCCACCGGUCUCGCGGUCUUCUCGACAUACCCCGGCAAGCUUGUCGCAUCGACUCCUCAGACACAUUCACAGGGCCUCGCGCACGAUCUUGAUAACGCGUUCAAUCCGGAAGCUGUCGCCAUGGCGAUAGAUACAACUGUCGCCGGCGUGAAGCCGGCGGAUAUUCUGAAUGGGGACGUUUCUCUACCUGCUGGUCAGGCUGAGGCCUCCCUCGAUCCAGAAUCGGACGAAGAUGUGCCGGUGGACGCGGAGGAGCUUCAGGAAGCUCUGGGACGGCCGCCUCCAGUGAACAGCAGUUACCUUCCUCUACCCUGGAAAGGACGCCUGGGAUAUGCUUGCUUGAAUACCUAUCUCCGCUACUCCAAUCCCCCAGUGUUCUGCUCCCGUACAUGCCGCAUUGCCUCCAUUUUAGAAAAUCGGCAUCCACUGAAUGAUCCCAACGAGCCCCCACACCCAACCAAGAAUCGGCCGAAUCGGGAACAACCAGCAGACGUCGCGCGAGGGCAGGCCUUUGUCGAGGGACUGGGACUUGCCAAUGCGCGCGACCUAGUCAAGCUCCUGCGCUGGAAUGAUAAGUACGGCAUCAAGUUCAUGCGCCUCAGCAGCGAGAUGUUCCCGUUUGCCAGCCAUAAAGAGUAUGGCUACAAACUGGCGCCGUUCGCAUCAGAAGUACUCGCAGAUGCAGGGCGGGUGGUUGCAGAACUGGGCCACCGAGUAUCGGUUCAUCCUGGCCAGUUCACCCAGCUCGGGUCCCCCAGGAGAGAAGUGGUGGAAAGCUCCUAUCGAGACCUCGAGUAUCACUCAGAGAUGCUUCAGCUUCUCAAGUUGCCUCCGCAACAGGAUCGUGAUGCCGUAAUGAUUCUGCACAUGGGCGGCGUCUUUGGUGACAAGGCAGCAACUCUGGACCGUUUCCGCGAGAAUUAUGCUGUUCUGUCGCAGGACAUCAAGAACCGGCUGGUCCUGGAGAACGACGACGUCAGCUGGACAGUCCAUGACCUUCUCCCCAUCUGCGAGGAGUUGAAUAUUCCUCUCGUACUUGAUUACCACCAUCACAACAUUCUGUUCGAUGGGAACGAGCUGCGCGAAGGCACGCAGGAUAUCAUGGCGCUUUACGACCGUAUCGCGGCCACCUGGUCCCGAAAGGAUAUCACACAGAAGAUGCACUAUUCAGAGCAAACUGCUCCGGCCAUUACCCCUCGGCAACGACGUAAGCACAGCGACCGCGUGGCCACUUUACCACCCUGUGUUCCUACGAUGGACCUGAUGAUCGAGGCCAAGGACAAGGAGCAGGCCGUAUUUGAGCUGAUGCGAACUUUCAAGCUGCCCGGCCACGAUCUAAUCAACGACCUAAUUCCAUACACACGAACCGAUGAGAACCAGCCGUUCAAGCCGCCACGGAAUUCUAAGAAGAAUGGUGGCUUUGUCGAUCUUGAAGGAGCGGUGCCUCCGCCUCGCACUGUUCCCGACGAGGAAGUCGGCAUGGGCGGCCCGGAGAGAAGAGUCUAUUGGCCUCGGGGCAUGGAGGAAUGGCUCCGUCCCGCAAAGAAGAUUGUCAAACCCAAGCCCAGCACAAGCCCAGUGAAGCGCAGUGCUUCCAAGAAGAUGAAGAUAGAACCCACUACCCCAAAUGGCGAAUUGGAGACUCCGGUCAAGAAAUCAACCAAGACAUCAACCAGGCGGGCGCCCACUUCGGCCAAGUCUCGUACAAAACGGAAGGCUGACCAAGUUGAGUCUACACCUGAGUCGGACGAGGUAGGCCGCAUGUCUGCCGAAAUGGAAAAGACUGUGACUACUGAAACAUCGACGCGGCGGAGUAGUCGCGCGAAGAAGAUCAAUUAUACCGAAGAUAGCGCAUAG